AUGGUGGGCCGGCCAGGAUCUCGGACGUCAUUCGAACAGUCUCGCCGUCCUUCACAGGAUGCCACGGAAGAAGAAAACAAACAACUUCGAAAGAAGGUGAAGGAACUUGAGCUAGUCAAUGAGAAAGCUCGCCAGCGCAUUAGGGAACUUGAAGCAGAAUUAGAUGGCCGCAGCAUCGGCGGCCCUUCAAUCAGACACCCAGACCCGUCCACGGCUGUGCAGGCAUCCUGGAAAGCUCGGACAGAGGCUCGAACACGGCUUUUCUGCUCGUUGAAUCGCGCUGGAAAUGCGUUAUGCUCCUGGCACGAUUCGCGUCGGGAGCGUCGAGUAUACCCACCGCGUAUGGCUCCUGUUGGUUAUCUAAACUGUGGUUGCUCAUACGACGAGGCACUUUUCGAAGAAAGUUUGUCUCGUCAUGGUGUUGGCAGCUACCAUCCUGGAGAGGCCGUCCGUAUGGACCCUGCCCUUCGUAACCCUCUCCUCAAAAUACUGCAGGAGCGAUAUGGAUAUAGGGAUGGCGACUUUGAAAGAAAUCCGGUAACGGGAGAUUGGGUAGAGGGAGAGGGAAACGCCAUGUGGGAGCAAAAACUGCUUUCAGGUUCUUCUAGCUCCAGGAAAAGAGGCGAGGAUCGUCGGUAA